AUGGUGAAAAAAAUUAUCUGCUCUCCUGAAGCAAAUACCUACGGAAUAGAUUUCACCAGGUUUAAGAUCCGGGAUAUAGAGACAGGAACUACACUCUUUGAGAUUGCUAAACCUGUGUAUGGCGGUGGAGAGGAUGAGGAGGACGGAGAAGGACCUGGAGAGGACCCGGAGCAGGAUCCUAAUGCAGGACGGUUUGUGAGAUAUCAGUUCACUUCCCAGUUUCUGAAGCUGAAAACUGUUGGAGCAACUGUAGAGUUCUCGGUUGGUUCUAAGCCUGUCAAGAACUUUCGAAUGAUCGAGCGGCACUUCUUUCGGGAUCGUCACCUAAAAACCUUCGAUUUUGAUUUUGGAUUCUGCAUACCCAACAGUAAGAACACUUGCGAGCAUAUUUACGAGUUUCCAAUCCUUGACAAGAAGACAAUUGAUCUGAUGGUCGCACAUCCUUUCGACACAAGAUCCGACAGUUUUUACUUCGUCGACAAUGAGCUUAUAAUGCACAACAAGGCCGACUAUGCCUACAACGGGUCCGUCGACUCAAGAUAAACAUUUCCAAUAACACAGCGUUGAUCAAACUCCUAGGUUUACAAUAAUGCUAUUGAAUGUAUCUUAUUGUAUUUGCUUUAAUGUGUACAAAGACGACUUUUAAUCACGGUUUUAUGUUUUAAAUCUAGGAAAUAUUCAUGAUAAUCAAAACAUCUGUGAAAGUUUGAAUCUGUGAUUAUAAGAAUGAAAAAUUGGAAAAUACUCAAGAAUUUAAAUAUAUAAUUUAACAACUUAA